CAGAGGGCGGGAGCUCCGAGGCGGGAAAAGACGAAAUGGAGCGCCAGGGAGUACGUGAGGUGGAGGUGCCUCCCGUGGACCUAAAUGACCAGGAGCCCCAGGCGGUUGUGGAGAGCGGGGAGCAUCAGCAGAACGAGAACCACGAGGAAGAGGCUAGCGCCGCGGCAGCCAGUGCCAACUACCAGCUGCCAGGACCCUUCUCCUCUCUGGAGUCUAGCAUUGAAAUCCUGAAGAAGAAAGCCCAGGAGCUGAUUGAAAACAUCAAUGAGAGCAGGCAGAAGGACCAUGCACUCAUGACCAACUUCAGGGACAACCUCAAGAUGAAGGUCUCGGAUCUGACAGAGAAAUUGGAGGAGAGGAUGUACCAGGUGUACAGCAACCACAGCAAGAUCAUUCAGGAAAGACUCCAAGAAUUCACUCAGAAGAUGACAAAGAUCAGCCUUCUAGAAAUGGAACUCAAACAAGUCUGCCAAACUGUGGAAACUGUAUACAAGGACCUAUGUGUCCAGUCUGAGGUCCCCACUUUAGAAGAGCAGGUGGUGAAUGCUGACUGCUGUAAGAAGCUCCCGUUCUAAUGACAGCCAUCAAGAAAAAACACAGAGCCCACUGAGCCAUACUGAGUUUUUUUUGUUUGUUUGUUUGUUUGUUUUACAGUUCUGUACACACCUACAGUUGACUAAAUGUUUAAAUGUUU